AUGAAGCAAAGUGUCGCAACGGAGUUGAAAUCAACAGUGAUCAGUAAAAAUAUUAAGAAAAAACCGGAUAGUAUAAGAGUAAAACGCAAAAUAGCAUUACCGGAUUCGUCGUUGAAUGUGAUCGAUACCGUGAGAAAUUCUUUAACUGAAACUCUGCAAGAUGAUUAUGAAGCAAAAGUUAAAGAAGAAAAUGAAUCGAACAAAUUGGAGAGAGGAAAUGAUUUGAAGAAAGAAGUAUUGAAGCGAAAAUCAACCCGAAUGAAAUCAAAAAAAACGAGAAAUUUGAUUACGGAGAAGAUAGAGGAGUUAAGAAGUGAUAAUAGUGUUAAAACAAGAAAUAGGAAAUUGACAAAGAUACCGGAUUCCGGCAAUGAAAAUAAGCAGAUUAUCACGGAGACCUCUGUUAACUUAGGCUACUCUGCACUACCAAAACGAAAACAUUCAAUGAAAAUAGCUUUGAAAGACGAUAGUUCAUCGAUAGAUCCUAUUGCACAAAAAGUAAUGCAAGCUGCUGCUACAUCAAAAAAAAUGCUCGGUGCACAUGUCAGUGUAGCAGGUGGUUUGGAACAGAGUUUUUACAAUGCUUUAUCUAUUGGAUGUCGAUCUUUUGCAUUUUUUGUCCGAAAUCAACGUUCAUGGAAUAGUCCACCUAUAAAAGCUGAAGUAGUGCAAGCAUUUCGUGAAACUGCACAGAAAUUAAAAUUUCCAAUGGAUCAAAUUGUUGUACAUGGAUCAUAUUUGAUAAAUGGUGGUAGUUGUGACAUGGAAAUAUUAGCUCGAGCUCGAGCAUGUAUGUUAGACGAAUGUAAGCGAUGUGAACAACUUGGUAUUAUCUAUUACAAUAUUCAUCCUGGAUCUACCGCAGGGAAGUGUACACGUGAAGAAUGCAUCAAAACAAUUGCAGCUACUUUGAAUUAUGUUAUAGAUCAAACUGAAUAUAUUACAAUUUUGGUUGAAACGAUGGCUGGACAGGGAAAUACUAUUGGUGGGAAGUUUGAAGAAUUACAGCAAAUUAUUAAUUUGGUGAAAAAUAAGAAGCGUGUGGGAGUGUGCUUUGAUACUUGUCAUAUUUUUGCUGCGGGUUAUGACAUACGAUCAGAAGAUCGAUAUAAGGAAACUUUCAGUGAAUUCGAGAAUACUAUUGGCCUUCAGUAUCUUCGUGCCUUCCAUAUUAAUGAUUCAAUGGGUGAUCUUGGUUCAAAAUUGGAUCGUCAUGCAAAUAUUGGUAAAGGCAAACUGAAGUUAGCAGCUUUUCGUAAUCUUAUAGCUGAUCAGCGAUUCGAUGGUUUACCAAUGAUUCUAGAAACACCAGAAGGAGACUAUGCAGAAGAGAUGAUCAGAUUAUAUCAUUCAUUGAAUAGCAAACCACUGAAAGAAUAUAAGAAAGAUAUUAGAUCAUUUUUUUCACCCGUAUAG